AUAAGCUUAUUUAUCAUUGCAUUACAGGACAGGUAUUAUAAGAGUUGGCAAAACACAUACUCAUUGACUGCCUCUCAUCUGUUGCAUUGCAUGUGGUUUACAACCUGUCAGCUCUCAAACAGCACUUCAUAUCACAACUAAUAUACAAUUGGUGUCAUCGAUGUGCUAGUCGUACAGUCAAUACAUACAUACAGUCGAUGCCUAACUUAUACAUUCAAAUCAUAUUUUGAUUAAUAUAUCUAUAACUGACUUAAUUCAUCAACUGGUCAUUGGAUUAACCUAUUUGGCAGUACAUCCACAAUGAAAAGGUAUCUCAAAAAGGUGGCUAAACUGGAAUCUUGCAAAGGAGGCGACACUUCYAUACAUCCGCAGCCAAACACCUCAAACCUAACCGAAGACUAUCCUAACACCACAAACACAACAUCUGCCAACACAGCCACCACUCCCACCACUAUCUGUCCAACAAUUGCUUCGGCCCUUUGGAGACCUCUGUGGCCACCCGGUCAGCAAUACUGUCUCCCCGAUCCUUACCCAUACAACGAAGCGCUACAAAAGCUAAUUAUUAGUCUAAUGAACGCACGUAUAGGUUGGCAUCCAAGAGGUUCAACAAAGACGUAUCGCUCAAACAUUAACCUCCCGUUAAUCAAAAUGUCUGAAGCGAGACAAAAUCAAGAAGGAGAUCCCAAUGAUUCAAGUGUCGAGUACUUUAAUAAUGAAGAGUUUGAUCACAUGGAGGAUUGGUUGGAUGAACACCCGGGCUUUGUUCAGGAUUACUUCGUGAGGAAGGCUUCGCGAUCUCUCGUCGAUAACUGGCUUUUAGCUCAUUCAGCGUCUGUAAGUGCAGUCGCGAUUAUACAUUCGCCUAUUUUAGGUGCUUCAGGAAACACCUCAUGUGCUCCCAGUGCUGAUAACUCGGGCGCUACGACUCCUGUCCGCAAAAUAUCGGCGCACGAGUUUGAAAGAAGUGGUUGCUUCUUAAGGCCAAUGGUUUCGACCACUGUUGACGGGACGCCCACUUUUCUACCAAUUCCGGGGGCGGAAAGGGGUUCGACAGACAAUAUAAAUAGAGGAAUUCCGGCGAAAACGAGACAAGAAUUGGAAUCACUUAAUGAAAGAGAAUUAAUCUUCGAAUUAGUGAAAGAUAUUUGCAAUGAUUUAGACAUUAAGUCCUUAUGUCAUAAGAUUCUUAAAAAUGUUUCAAUACUUACUAAUGCCGAUCGUUGCAGUCUUUUCCUGGUAAAGGGAGAGAAAAACGAUCCAAACCGGUGUUUAAUAAGUCAAUUAUUUGACGUUUCGUGUCAGUCAACCAUUGAACAAAUGGAGCAAAAAGAGGAAAUAUCGAUCCCCUGGGGUAAGGGUAUUGUGGGUUAUGUGGCACAGAGUGGCGAAUCUGUCAAUAUUCCCGAUUGUUAUCAGGAUUCGCGUUUCUCCGAUGAGGUCGACCAGAAAACUGGUUAUCUGACCCGUAAUAUGCUUUGUAAUCCCAUUUUGGAUAUAUAUGGCGAAGUGAUGGGAGUCGCACAAGUGAUCAAUAAGAAGGACAGUCCGUGUUUUGUCAGCAAAGAUGAGAACGUGUUUUCACAAUAUCUUCAAUUCUGUGGAAUCGGUAUAAGGAAUGCACAGCUCUAUGAAAGAUCACAAUUAGAGAACAAACGGAAUCAGGUUUUACUGGAUUUGGCGCGAAUGGUGUUUGAGAAACAAUCAAACAUUGAAAACAUUAUUUACAAAAUACUUCUUCACAUACAAUCACUGCUUCAAUGCUCGCGUUGUCAGAUCUUGUUAUUAGCCGAUAAUUUACAAGACAUGGAUUUUGGUUUAGAAGACAGUUGUGAAACUUUAUUGCCCUCCAAAUCAAAUGAAUCGAUUGAGAGUUUAGUCGAAGGAAAUCAAUGCCUCAGUUUUUCACGUGUUUUUGAUCUCGAGGCUGAAGACCUCAGCAGUAGUGAUGAAUGUGAGACACGACUUAGUCCUUUUGAGGGCAGAUUUCCUAUAAAUAUUGGUAUUACCGGAUAUGUGGCCAACACUGGAGAGACACUUAACAUUCCCGAUGCAUAUGAAGAUCCAAGAUUUGAUCCAUCCGUUGAUGAGGACACCCCUAAAGGGUUUCAAUCCAAACAAAUCUUAUGUAUGCCUAUAUAUAAUGCCGACCACAAGAUUAUCGGAGUUUCUCAGCUCAUUAAUAAACUUAAUGGCAGACCAUUUAAUAAAAACGAUGAAAACUUAUUUGAAGCUUUUGCCAUAUUUGCGGGGAUGGGAAUCGCCAAUACAUUGCUCUACGAAAAGGCUAUUAAAGCGAUGGCCAAACAGCGCGUAACCCUUGAAGUGCUUUCAUAUCACGCCUCGGCUCAAGAAGAUGAAGCCCAGAAAGUAGCUCGACAACUGAUCCCAUCGACAACAGCUCUACACUUAGCGAGUCUUCGUUUCAAUGAUUUUAGUCUCGAAGAAGAUAUUAUGAUUAAAGCCUGUAUUCGUAUGUUUCUUGAUCUCGAUUUAAUUGAAAGGUUUCAAAUCGAUUACAAGGUACUCUGCAAAUGGAUACUCAGCGUUAAGAAGAAUUAUCGUCCAGUUUUGUACCACAAUUGGAGACAUGCCUUCAAUGUCGCACAAAUGAUGUUCGCUAUAUUAGUGAAUACCCAAUAUUGUCGAGUUUUGGGUGAAUUGGAGACUUUAGCCCUCAUUGUCGCCUGUCUUUGCCAUGACUUAGACCACAGGGGAACCAAUAAUUCAUUUCAAAUAAAGUCAUGUUCACCAUUAGCACAGUUAUAUUCGACCAGUACUCUAGAGCACCACCAUUUCGAUCAAUCACUAAUGAUUUUGAGUAGUCAAGGAAAUCAAAUACUAAGUCAUCUCUCGCCUGAAGAGUAUAGACGAGUGGUUCAUGUUUUAGAAGAAGCAAUACUCGCCACAGAUUUAGCCGUUUAUUUCAGAAAUAGGGAUCAGUUCUUCAAAUUAGUUGAGUCUGAAGAGUAUGAUUGGAUGGGCAAUGAAGAGCAUCGAUCACUACUCAGAAGUCUUCUGAUGACGUGCUGUGAUAUCGGAGCAAUAACUAAACCCUGGGAAAUUCAGAGAGUUGUGGCUGAAUUAGUUGCGUCUGAAUUUUUUGAGCAAGGUGAUAUUGAAAAACAACAACUCAAUAUUGAACCCAUUGAUAUGAUGAAUAGGGAGAAAAAGGAUGAAUUGCCUAAAAUGCAAGUGUCGUUCAUAAAUGCAAUUUGUUUACCAGUUUACGAUGCAUUUGCCAAACUAUGUCCCCAACAUAUGAAGCCACUGCUCGACGGCUUACUGUCCAAUCGUGAGGCCUGGCAGAUGCUGUCUGAUCAACCCUACCUAAACCAAUUAGAAACAUAA